GACAGGGCUUGUCCGACGGACUCUGAGGGCUUCAGAGUCCACGCCUUCUUCACCUUCGUCUUCAUCACCGCUUUGCGUUCUCAUCCGCUCCACACAGGCGCACAAAAACCGUCAUUUGUAAGGAUUUUCUAUGGCGACGGUCCCUCCGUAUAUGCACUUUGCCACUCUUCUUCUGCUGCUUCAUUUCCUGGCUGCAUCACCCAUCACUCAAGAUGACCUGGUAAUCAAUACAAGUCAUGGGAAAGUUCGAGGGAAGUUGCUUCCAGUGCUCGGUGGUAAUGUCCGAGCAUUUCUUGGGAUUCCUUAUGGAAAACCACCGCUGGGAAAACUGCGAUUCAAAGCUCCGAUGCCAGUAGAGAGAUGGGAAGUGGUGAAAGACGCUAUCGCAUUCCCGAAUUCUUGCUACCAGCUGCCGGAUACAGCCUUUCCAGGGUUUAAAGGUGCAGAGAUGUGGAACCCCAACACUCCUCUGAAUGAGGACUGUCUGUACCUAAAUGUCUGGUCCCCACAUGUUAAUAAAACCCAGCCUCAGCCCCCAGCGCCGGCUCCUGUCCUCGUUUGGAUCUACGGAGGCGGGUUUGUUCAAGGAACGUCCUCUCUGGACCUUUAUGACGGCCGCUUCCUCGCUAAAUCUGAAGGUGUUGUUGUGGUGUCAAUGAAUUACAGACUUGGAGCUUUUGGUUUCCUUUCUCUUCCUGACAACAACAACAUCCGCGGCAACGCAGGUCUGCUGGACCAGCGCUUAGCCCUCCAGUGGGUGGCCAAUAAUAUUGCUGCUUUUGGAGGUGACCCUUCAAAGGUGACUCUGUUUGGAGAGAGUGCUGGGUCAGCAUCUGUGGGCUUUCACCUGCUGUCCCCAGGGAGCCAUGCCCUUUUUCAGAGGGCCGUGAUGGAGAGUGCCUCUCCCAAUGCACCCUGGGCCACAAUUAGCCAGACUGAGUCCUGGAACAGGGCCUUGAUGCUGGCAAAGUCACUGGGGUGUCCCACGGCCAAAUCAGCUGAACUGGAAACUUGUCUGCAGAAGGCUGACGCUGGGAAAAUCACAUCGCAGCAAUACAACGACCUCACACAGGAUUCGGUCUUAGGCCUGCCCUUUGUUCCUGUUGUUGAUAAGGACUUCCUACAAGAUACACCUGAAGUGCUGCUGAGAACCGGUAAACUCCCAAAGAAAGAAGUGCUACUUGGUGUCAACAAAGACGAGGGGACCUACUUCCUACUUUAUGGAAUGCCUGGAUUCAACCUCACUGGUCAGAGUCUGAUCACCAGGAACGAGUUUCUGCAGGGAGUCACCAACACAAUGUCAUACGCAAGUAAGGUUGUGAGAGAAGCCGCCAUUCUCCAGUACACUGAUUGGACGGAUGAGGAUAACAGGAUGAAAAAUCGGGACCUACUGGGUAGUCUGGUUGGAGACCAGCUUUUCAAUUGUCCAGUGAUUGAGUUUGCUCAAAGGUACUCACAACAUGGUGGCAAGACCUACAUGUAUUUGUUUGACCACCGGUCGUCCGUCAACCCCUGGCCAGCGUGGAUGGGCGUGAUGCACGGCUACGAGAUUGAAUUUGUCUUUGGGAUGCCUCUGAAUGCGUCCCUGGGUUACACGAAGAAUGAAGUGAACAUGACUAAGAAGAUUAUGAAACACUGGGCCAACUUUGCCCGAACAGGGGAACCAGGGAUUGAUGGAUCUAACUGGCCCACGUUCACCCCUCAGCAGCAGGGCUAUGUGACUCUGAACUACAGCCCUCCAGAACACAGGACAAUGAUGAAGCCUCAAGAGUGCCAGCUGUGGAACAAAUUAAUACCUAGUCUACAGAGGGUCUCAGAUGAUCUCCAGUCUUGUGUACAUGCAAAUGGGAUUAUAGUCUGCUGUAAUUACGGAUUCCUUCUCAUUUUACUGGUUACUGCUUUACUGGUUUUCUAGAGGGAAGAGAACUCUCUUUCAUACAGUUUAGUGAAUAUAAAAAAUUCAUAAAAAAGAAUGAACAAAACAUGGUCUCUGCUACUGUUAUAAUUCAUUUAUUUGAUUAGUGCAUUAUUUGUCCAUAAUAAUUAGAUUGUAUUAAUAUUUUUCUUCAUCAUUGAAUAUUAUUAAAUGGUCUGUAUUUGUAUAAAUGGUCUCUACUUAUAUAGCGCUCCUCUAUUCUUGAUGACAACUCAAAGCGCUUUACAGUACAGUUUUUUUGGGCCGUCCAAACAUUCAGACACAGACUCAUUCUAUAUCUUAGUAUCUUGCCCAAGGACACUUCGGCAUGCAGAUGGGGAAGACUGGAAUCGAGCCGCCGACCUUUUGGUUAGAGGGCGACCGCUUUUAACUCCCAGAAUCACAGCCGCCCUAAAUGCAGUAAUAAAUAAGAGGGAUUUCAAUGUUGCAGUUGGUUGUGGUGGGAUAAUUUUUACCAAUUAGUUCAAACUGUUGUGAAUAUUAUUCUGUAAUAAUCACAUCUUUUGUUAAUUAAAAGCAUCCACUAGAAGUUAAACAAAAACUCAGUGGAAUACAAAGGUGCAUUAUUUCACAAUAAAAUGGAGAAUGUCUAAAAUUGCAAUACUCACAUUAAGUACAAAUACUUCAAACCUAAACAAAAAAAUAAUUACAUAUGGUAUUAAAGUUAACUUAAUUAUUUUCCACAACUGAUUGGAUUGAUUUGUUUAGUUAAAGGAAUAGUUUAGCUUGAACCCUAAACUCAAUCUAAGACAAUGCUGACAAUUUUUUUUCUUUUUAUAUUGGAAUUUCAUUUUCAGAACAGGAACUCUGAACGAGCUGAUGGGCCAUUCCAAUCAACAGGGGGAAAAACAAUAUUAAAGAUCUGAGGUUAACAAACCUCCAAUCCUACAUUUUUUUUCAAAGCCAUGUUAAUUUGCCUUCUUUUUUCUUGUUGUUCCUGUCUUUCUUUCAAACAUGUGAAUUUUGUAAAUGGAACGUCAAUGUGAAACAAUCAGGGAUGCUCUGGAUUUGUAUGUUUUAUUGCACUGAUCAUUAAAGGCCAUGUAUUGAUCAUU